GACUCCUCCAAGAUAGUAUCAUCGCUACCCCGAGAAUCAAAUCGUAUGGGAUACUACUCCACUGUUUGUCUGAUCUUCAAUCGCAUGAUAGGAACCGGAAUCUUCAACUCGGGUCAAAUUGUAUUCGCAAACACGCAAAGCAUAGGCAUCUCUCUCAUCUUGUGGGUACUUGGAGCAGUCCUAGCACUUGCUGGCGUUAUUGUCUACGUGGAACUCGGUUUGACAAUCCCACGAUGGCCGUCUGGAGCGAACGGCGAGAAGAUUUCUACCCCUCGCUCUGGCGAAGCGCUGAAUUAUUUUAACUACUACCUGAAACGACCUCUGUUCCUCGCCACCUGCCUAUUCGGCAUCCCUUUUAUUGUUCUCGAAAACACCGCUGCCAAUUCUGUAUCCUUCGCGCAAAACAUUCUAGACGCCUGCGAAGUCACCGAAACACCUGGAGCAAUAAUAGGAAUAGCAUUGGCAGCCAACACUUGUGCAUGUCUUCUCCAUGCAAUCUCUCGGAAGUGGGGUAUCAUACUGAACAAUGCAUUUGGCACAAUAAAAUUCUUCAUAUUGCUGUUCAUCGUGAUUGUUGGCCUAGUUUGGAUCAACAAAGGUGUGGCACGCGAUAAUUACGAUAUCAAGACCUCCUUCUCAACCACAAAUAGCCCCAAAGCACCAUAUCCAUGGGCCGAAGCUUUCCUCUUCAUCAUAUAUCCAUACGGAGCCUUCCACCAAAUCAACUAUGUUAUAUCUGAGCUACACGAACCACGAAAGACUUUCCCUCGAGCAUCAUGGUGGGGGGUAUUGACAGUAGCCGUGUUGUAUACCUCAGUCCAGAUGAUCUUUGCAGCUAUCAUUCCCAAGGCUGAUCUAUUCGUACCAGGCGGUAUUGAUGUUGGUAGCAAGUUCUUUUUGCUUACUCUCGGAACAAAAAUGAAAGCUUCUCAUGUGAAGACUUUUUUCUCGAUCUUGAAAGCAAUUUCGGCCUUUGGAAACAUUAUUGUUGUGACCUUUACAUGUGCUCGAGUGAAACAAGAAAUUGCGAAGGAAGGAAUUCUUCCAUAUUCUCUUUGGUUCGCAGAAAGUUACGACUUCUCACUGGACCGCAUUUUCCGAGGAUCAAAGAGCAGACCCAAAGCGGAGGUUAACUCCAUGCUGUCAGAGAAAACUCCGGCUGGCGCCCUUGCUCUACAUUGGCUCUUCACAACAAUCAUGGUCAUCGUCCCAGUCAUGAUCAUCAAGACAGAUAAGGGGUACUCUGCCACGGCAGCCCAAACUUUCUUAGCAGGCAUAUUUGCGUACGUCAUUGAUGUGUGCUGCUUCGUCUGCAUUUCCUUUGGACUGCUAUGCUUGCGCUUUACACCAAGUGUUCGUUGGUCAGAGAAGUCAGAGUUGAGGAGUUCCGCUACAAGCAUUACUGCUGCCCUCAUACUGUUCUGUUGCAGCCUCUUUCCGUUCAUAUGUAUAUGGAUACCGGAUCCGAACGACCGAUAUCUUGCUCGAUCUGGAAAACUUGUGUCAUGGUUUGCCAGUCAGACAGCCGGCCUCGCUCUCAUAACCAUUGCAUUCAUUUACUGGGUCAUUUUUAGGAUCUAUGUCAAGGUGCGGUCGUCUCGGGAAGGCAAGACUCUACAUAUCAGAAGGGAGCCGAAGUUCAAACAAGAUUCUCAUGGCCUGACACAAAUCCUUGAGAUCGUCACAAUCCAAUGGAAGCGAGAUGUGGACCUGCGUCUUGACGAGAUCGAGGAGACGGAUGAUGGAUAUCGUUCCUCGACACUUCUCUCUGGUUCGACGGCGCGGAACAAUAGAAGGUUGCAAGAUUUCGGAGCUCGGGAUCGACUCAGUCCUCUGUCUGGAAGUAGUGGCGUUCAUGAGAUGGCACAGCAUAACUAUUCUGUGAGGCGUAAGCCUGUAAUGUCGGAAAUGCCUUGAGGAUAUCUGUUGGCGACUUCCUUUGGUCACAAGCCAAUUUUUCUUGACCUCAGCAGCUGUAUUAUAGAGAUAAAAUCAAC